AUGUUGCCACAAGACAAUAACACUCCACCACAAGAUCCUUCCGAUCCAAACCAAGCUGUCCAAGCAGCUGGUAUGAAUGAAAUGAACCAAAAACUCUCAGAAUUAUCCGAAAGAGAAACUGAAGAAUUGGUUAAAAGUUUCCAAGAUCACUUUAACGAUUGUACCAAAGCUUGUAAGAAGCCUAAUAUUUUAGUUGCUGGUAUUACUGGUGCUGGUAAAAGUAGUUUAGUUAAUGCAGUUUUUGGUGAAGAAUUAGCUAGAGCAGGUGCCGGUAUGCCUGUGACUCAACAUUUCCAAAAGUAUGAACCAUCCGAUAAGCCAGUUGUUAUUUAUGACUCUAAAGGAUUGGAAUGGAACAGUCACGAAGAAUUUAUUAAAGAAACUGGUAAAUUCUUUAUGCAAUUGAGACAAUCACCAGAUGUUACUAAUCAUAUCCACGUUGUUUGGUAUGUUGUCAAUACUGCUCGUGGUAGAUUUGAAAACUUUGAAGCUGAAGUUGUUAGAGAAGUUUUCUCACCAACACCUGUCAUUUUCGUUUUAAAUAAGAGUGAUUUGGCUGAUACAACUCAAUUGAAGGCAAUUAAGAAAGUUAUUGAAGAUGAAAAAUUGGAACAUAAUAAGGGUAUUCAUGUUUGUAUUUCAAAGAGAGAAAAUUGGACUCAAUCUUGGUGUCCUGAUUGUUUAAGUGAUGACGUUUUUUAUGAUGAAGAAACUAAACAAUUAGAAUGUAGCGAUUGUGGUUAUAAUUGUAUUCUCCAAGAUAGUUAUGGUAUGAAGAAGUUGAUUAAUCAUACUUGUGAACUUUUACCUGAAUUGGCAAGAGAUGCUUUCAUGUACUCACAAAUUGCAUCAAUGGCUGAAAAGGAUAGAAGAGCUAAAGAAAUUGUUAUUGAUUAUACCAAGGAAAUUACAAUUGAUGCCAAAGGUUCAUUUAUCAAAAAGAUUGCAGAAAUGUGUGCUAAAUUAUUUGUUAUUUGGGGUUGGCCAUUAACUGGUGACACUUUCAAAGAAGGUUUGGCUGAUAUGCAACGUGAAUACAUGUCUCAACUUAAUUUCAAGGAAAGAUAUGCUGCUGUUGCUGUUGACAAAUUGUUUGGGUCAAGACUUUCUAAAGCUUUCAGUGGUGUCAUUGGUUUAACAAUGAACAGAGGUAUGAAGAAAUUGAACGAACAAUUGAUUGAAAAAUGUGCUAAGGGCGAACUUAAGGAAAUGAAAAUGGAAGAUUUUAUUAAGGAAUCUGAUUUGACAGAAGAUUUCAUCAAAUUCUUCUUUGAAAUAGCUCUUACACAAGGUGUAGAUGUUGCUCUCGAUAAGUUAUGGGAUUUGUCAAGUGAAGAAUUGGUUCAAUUGAUGGGUCAAAUGGACUUUAAUAAUGCUGGAUUAUUUGGUAACGUUAACUUUGAAGAAGCAGCUAACAUUGAACAAAUUGAACAACUCAUUCAAAAUGUUGAUGAUGUUUCCAUCUCUGAAGUUGAUGUCGAAGGCUUAGAUGAAGAAGAAAAAGCACUUUUGAAGAAAUCACCAGAAGAUGAACAACCACCUGUUGAUUAAAUAUUAUUCAUCCCAUGUAUUUAUU